AUCCUGCAGUAAUCGUUUCUUCUUUGGCAUUUAACAAGAAGUUGCAAAGUUUAGCGUAUACGUUGUUAGACAUAAUUGUAGAUUAUAAAGAUACAAAGAGAACAAUAGAAUUAAUUGAAGUUGAAUAA